AUGGUCCCAAAUACACCGAGAAGCAUCAAGCAUCAUCAACAGCAAAUAUUGUGUAUAACGACUUCGGCUUCCUUCCUCGUCACGGUCCUCGCAGGGAUUUAUCCAUCAAAAACCCACAGUCCAGACCGCAGCAUCCAAGCCCAGCAAAGAAACACAAUGUGUGGAAACUAUUACCAACACCACGCCCCCUGCGGUCACGGCGGAAUCGUUAGUGUCAAUUCCUGCAGAGCGCUUGGAUCAACCUGCUUUGGGCCUGACCCCAGCAAAGGGAUGGAUAUCACGCUUCCGCCCAUCAAUUCACGUUGCAGCGACUGCCACGCCGCCGCCCAUCAACCGAAUCCCGACGCCCGAUUGGACGAGAACGAUCCGUACAGAAAGGAGGCGCGGGAGAGAGCUGCGGCGUUGGAGACGGAGGCGAGGAUAUUCAGGGCGGAACAAGAGGAGAAGUUGAAGAGAGAGAAGGCAAAGCAGGAAGAGGAGAAAAGGCUUGCUGCUGAAGUGAAGAAACUAGAAAAAGAAAAAAGGGAAAAGAAGAAGAUAAUGAAGAGAAAGAUCGCGGAUGAUGCUGAAAGUACAGAGUUACCCGCAAAGAAGGUUCGAGAGGAUAAGAAGGGGAGGAAGGGGAAGAAGGGGAAUACGAAAGAAAUGAAGGGUACGAAUAAGGCGGAGGCGGAGGAGGAUAAUGCAAAUCGGAAUGAUAAUAAGAAUGACGACGGAAACGAUAACGGGGAUGACGGUUACACUAGCGACAUUUAUAACGCUUGA